ACCUGCUUUCGCUGCGUUACGGAAUAGACAUUUUCAGGGCUGGUCUAGCUCCACAACCUCAAAAUCCUUACUUUGUCACAGGAAUAAUGGAUAAACGAAAGGGCAAUUUGUUUGUUCCCAAAGAUGUAGUGAAAGAUAACGAUGAUAUAGAUUUUUCGAAAAAGGCAUAUUUCAUCGAUCAAACAGGAAGGAGAAUAGUGGCAAAAUGUAAAAAAUGGAAGGAUGGAAGGGUCGCAAUAUCAGGAGGAUGGAGAAAGCUAUGCACCUUAAACUAUAUACAAAAAGAUGACAGAUGCAUUUGUGAGCUCGUGGAGGGAGAAGAAGAACUAGCCGUCCAUGUUACUAUUAUUCGUGGCAAUGAUAUUCGAGGAUAAGUUGGAGAUUUAUAAUGAAAGAUUCUGCGAACUCAUUUAUCAUACAAUAAACUAGACGGAUGCCAAACUAUCAUCGAUUUACAAUUAUGAUGCGUAAGUUUUAUA